AUGACCAAGGAAAAGGUUGGUAUUGCAUUUGCCAAGGCUACAAUACAUCUUUAUUAUAUUGCUAAUAGAUAUUCUGUAACUAAAAGGAUAUCUCCAUUUCUAGUGGAUUUUCUAUUUGAUAAUUUGGCUGAUUUCAAAUUGGAACUACAGUCUGUGGCCAGUGAGCUAUCUGAACAAUAUUUAAGAGAUUGUAUCAUAACUAUAUGCAGAAGAAAGAAGAUUACCAUACCUACAUUUAAACAGAGUCAACCUGUGCAUGAUAAUAAGUUUCAAAUUGCAUUAUCCAAGUAUAAGAACGAAUAUGGUAGUAUCCUGAUUCAUGAGCUUUACAAAUUUAUUCAAGAAACGAAGUUCGAUUGGAAUGGUAAGAUCAAACCAAAUAUCAAGCUAUAUGAAUUCUACGACACAUUAAACGCCCGGGACAAGCAUGAAUUCAUGCAAGCAUAUUUAAACUUCCACACUGAGAAACAAGCAAUUAUAGAAGAAGCCAUGGACUUUAUCGAGUACAUUCCGUCAGAGUUUAAACAAAAGUCUAACAACCUUAUCUCACUUGUAUAUAAUAACAACGAAUUACUUAAUCAAUGGAUAUCCAAAACCAGUACUAAAAUAAUGAACAUGUUGCAAGUCAAGAAUCCAGAGACAGACCAGGAAAAGCUCCUUCAUCAGUACCAGUCAUACUUUGUAUUUGUUCCCGUAAGUCUACAUAUCCAUGGCCUCUUGUCAGAAAUAUUAGGAAAUGUGGGUUUAUAUAAUGAUGGUGUUCCCAUUUACAAGAUCAAAUCGCAAUUACGUUAUUCCUUUGAUAAACAGAUGGUCAAUGCUAUACCGUUCAAGCACAAUGGAGGAAUAAUGAAGUAUAUGAACAGAAAUGAUAGAGACGACCUAAUAUCAGUUUUUUUGGACGUUUUAAUUGAAUCAGCAACCAUUGAAAUAUCAGAGGAUAAUAUCAAGUUAAUGAAAACCAUGACGAAAGAUGUUACAUCAGAGGAGUUUCUCAACCGAAAUGAAGAUGGUUCAUGUCCUGCACUAAUUGUAUGUGACAGCGAGGGCUCUUACAAAUAUCCAGUCAUCAAAAUCCACCCUAUUCUCGAAAAUGAUUUAAGUAAUUGUCGUGGUAAAGUAUCAAGAUUUCCAAUGGUAGUGCCUCCAAAACCUUGGACUAAUCUAUUUGAAGGUGGAUAUCUUGUACACAAGGAAUGUGUAUUCAUGGCAAGAUUUGAUAAAACGUAUUUGAAUUAUUUCAAACAAGUGAGUUAUGAUGGACAUCUCGAUUCGGUUUUCAUGACCCUAAACAAACUUGGAUCACUUGCAUGGGCUAUCAAUCCCGAUAUGCUCAAGAUUUUGAAUAGAGCUGCUAAUAUGCCCCAAGGAUUCUUGAAAAUUCCUAGGCCAAUUUCUGACAAGGUACCUAAGUUCAAAGACAAGUUUGCUCAGCAAAAGUAUAUAAGUUCAAAAGGUGCCCGUAUAACAUUUAAUAUGCUAUUGGAUAUGGCCAAUGGGUUCUCUAAGAACGGAGAAAUGUUAUAUACACCAUACCAACUAGAUUUUCGAGGUCGUGUAUACCCUUCUUCAAAUUUGUCACAUAUAUUAAGUGAUGAAUUUAGAUGUUUGUUUAUGUUUUGGCACAGUAAAGCGUUAGGGAAUGAUGGUUUCAAUUGGUUAAAGUAUCACCUUAGUUCUAUGUUUGGAAAUAGUGGUUUUCAUAUGGAACAAGCUAUUGGGUUUUGUGAUAAACACAAGCAAGAUAUUAUAGAUUCCGCUAAAUAUCCAUUUGAUGGCAAACAAUGGUGGUUGAAAUCUAAGACUCCAUAUCAGACUUUAUCUGCAUGUAUGGAAUUGACUAAAGUUUGGGAAUUUGAAGAGCAAGGAGGUAAUAUUGAAGAAUUUCGAACUAGAUUCCCUGUGCAUCAAGAUGGUAGUUGCAAUGGAUUACAACACUAUGCGGCAUUAACAAGAGAUGAACGUGGUGGUAAAGCCGUGAAUUUAUUAGAUGAACCCAAGAAACAAGAUAUCUAUAUGGAGGUUGCAAAUAUUGUGGAAUCCAAACUACAAGCAUUAAUUGACUCACCCGAUGAAACUGAACGUUUGUAUGCGAAACUUGGUCUAAUUGUAUUGUCGAGAAAACUAGUCAAGACAACAGUAAUGACCACUGUGUACGGAGUCACUACUAUUGGUGCAGCUGGCCAAGUUCGAAAUAGAAUAAAGGAUUUUGUGGAUGAUUGUAACCAAAAUCCUCAAAUGAAAGGCACAAUAUCAGAAGAAGCUCUUGAGAAAAUCCAACUGGAAAGUUUUAAACUUGGUAUGUUCUUGGCAAACGUGAUUCUUGGUUCAAUCUCAAGUUUGUUUGCUCCAGCUACUGCUGUACAGCAAUGGCUCCGCGUAAAUAUCAAACGGGUGUUACUGUCAUUCAACCUGAAAAGUGUUAUGUAUAUCAAGAAUAUGAAGCCAGAACUUUUUGAAAAAGUAUUUACUCAACCACAACUGUUGAGACCAAUUAUAUGGAAGGUACCUUCGGGCUUUCCUGUCAUCCAGUACUAUGUUAAAUCACCAAAUAAUCAAAAUUUCCAAAGUGUGUUAUCAAGCGUAGUGGCUAGUCAGGGUAAACGUACCCUCUCACCAAUGAGCAAAUACAAGAGUGUGAACGGAAUAGCGCCAAACUAUAUUCACUCUCUUGAUGCAGUACAUAUGAUGUGGACAUGUAAUAACAUGUACAAUGAAGGUCUUAGCUUUGCUGCCGUUCAUGAUUCUUUCUGGACUCACCCUUGCGAUGUAAAACGAAUGAGUACCAUCCUAAGACAGGAAUUCGUUAAGUUGCAUACACCUGAUUUACUUAUGUCUCUACGUAACGAUUUGAUGCAACAAGUUAAAGGUUCUUAUCAAUUGGUUCAGUUCCGUUCAUGUGAUUUCCCUGAGUUGGCAAAGAGGAUUAAGAGACUUAGACAAACAUAUCCAUGCCGGGAUAAUUUGAAUGAAAUGUUAUACUACGAGUUAACCCAAUUGGAACAAGGGACCAGUGAGAUUUCGCUAUGGAUUGAAGAUUACGAUCCCAAGGUUUAUUUCAAUAGAGAGGAAUAUAAUAGUUCACCUCAAGUUCCAGAAAAGUAUGUUAAUAACGGUAGAGAAAAAACUUGGGUGUUUGUACCUGUUAAAAUUCAAGAUUUACCCGCCAAGGGUAAGCUAGACUUAAAUAGGGUGUUACAGUCGGAAUUUUUCUUUCAUUGA